AUGGAUGUUAAGGCUUCUCGAAACCCGCCCUUCCGGGCAGAACACCUAGGCUCCCUGCUUAGGACUGAUGAGUUGCUUCAAAAGCGAGCAGCCGUUGACAAAGGGACAGCAUCAGCAGCAGAACUGGAGCCACUGGAAGAUCGCGACAUCAGAGAAAUUGUCGAUCUCCAGCGGAAAUUGGGGUUUCACGGCAUUACAGAUGGCGAAUAUCGGCGACAUAUGUUUUGGGGAUCGUUUUGGCCUGGCCUCGAAGGGAUGACGGAGCUGAAAAAUCCUGAGCCUGAAACUUUUCGCCCCUAUCUUCCUGAUGUCGCUGCGUUCACGGAAAAAGGGUACAGGCCAGGAGAGAGUGUUAUUUGCACUGGUAAGAUCAAACAUGUGGGGAGCACAUAUUUGAAGGAGCUGGACUACCUCAAAAGCCUUGUCCCAGCCGACGACGUUAAGAGCCUCAAGCUUACCUUGCCGGCGCCAAAUUGGUAUCAUCUACGAUACAAGGAGGGUCGUGCAUAUCCAAAGCAUGUGUAUCCGUCCGACGACGAGUUCUUCGCAGACGUGGCCAAAGCGUAUCAAACGGAACUGCAGCUUCUGUACGACGCAGGGCUAAGGAAUGUGCAGAUCGAUGAUCCUAACCUCGCGUAUUUCUGCAGUGAGAGCAUGCUUGCAGGAUGGAAAGCAGACCCACUGAACAAAGGCAGUGCGGACGAGCUGUUGGAUGCCUAUAUUGAGCUUUACAACGACUGCCUAAGCAAGAGGCCGGCAGACAUGCACGUGGGUCUUCACAUAUGUAGGGGCAACUUCGUCAACAGCCGCCACUUUUCGGAAGGGGGAUAUGACAGAAUCGCGACGAGGCUGUUUAAAAAGCUCAACGUGGACACGUACUAUCUGGAGUACGACACUCCACGGGCUGGGGGGUUUGAGCCCUUGGUGCAUGUGCCCAAGGGUAAGAAUGUCAUUGUUGGGGUGAUAACCAGCAAGUUCCCUGAGCUGGAGGAAGAAGCGGAGAUGAGAAGACGAGUGUUAAAGGCAGCGGAGUUUAUGGCCAGGGGGAGCGGCGAGUCGGUGGAAGAGGCGUUGGACCGACUGGGACUGAGCCCACAGUGUGGGUUUGCCAGCCACAGCUCCGGAAAUGCCGUUGAUAGGGGUGAUAUGGUUAACAAGCUCAAGCUGGUGAGACGGGUAGCAGAUAGCCUUUGGCCAGGACAGCCGUAA